CAGUCGGGCGCACCCCUACCCGACGCCAACCCCACGGUGCUCGUCAAGUUCACGAUCAGCCAACUGUCCAUUUCGGGCCUCAAAGUCAAUCGACUCGAUAUGUACGGAGAGAAAUAUAAACCCUUUAAAGGCGUUAAGUAUAUGACAAAAGCCGGCAAUUUUCAAGUGAGGACGUGAGAGCCGACAUUCCCCUCUCAUUCAAUGGCAAACACCUGCUGUUAUGCCGACAACUACCGGGCCCUCCACUCCAAUCAUCUAUUAUGUGCACUAAUUUUUACGCUAUUAUUACGGUUUUAUGUUAUUUUAAGUAUAUAUUUAUCGCAUUGUUUUUCUAAUUGUAAGCAAAUUAUAACUCAAAUCAAUUGCAAACUGUUUUGCGAACCAAAACGUCGAAAAUCAAUCAAAUCGUGUCAUUAUUUUGUCGCAAAGAAUUAAAUAUAAGAUUUUAUUCUCA